AAAUUAUAAAUAUCGAUGGCCAACAUCGAAUUUGGACCGGUAUCGAUGUUUCAAAAACAUCGAUGCAUCGUUUGCAUCUCUAAAUAUUAUAAGAAGUUUAUACAUUGUGUUUACAGAACGCACUUUGUCACAGCUAUAUUUCGAAUUUCGGAUACAACUGAUAAGAAGUUCCACUCAUUGAAUGCAAAACUGAUAAAGGGCGAACAGCGAACAAGCCUGGCUGAAUUUUUAUGGGAAAUAUCAAAAAUGGAUAAUUUUUCGGAAACUGCCAAAAGAUUACCGCAACAGAUAUGUGACAGUUGUUUGCGUAAAUUAAAAAUUGCAUUUUCAUUUGUGAUGCAAGUGCAGAAGGUUAAUGGGAGCAUGAUAGUUGCCUUGCAAAGGGAAAUGCCUAUUAAUUUUUGUCAAACUGCGGAUGAAGCUCGAGAAUGUUUUGUAGAUUGUAAUUCCUCAUUAGCUCUCGAUUCGCAAGAUCCUAUUGGAAUAGCCCGGGCAAAAAAACGGAAAUUGUCAUUCGAAUUUAUUAAAAGGCAAUACAUAAAUGAAGACUCCGCGGAUUCGAUUACAACUAUAUUUGAAGGUGGUGAAGAAAAUGCAGACUCUAACUCGUGUAAAAAUGGAUGUCACAAAGAAAUUCUACAUACCCUGAAAAGUAUUACAGAUCGCUUGGAUACCGUUGAAGGAAACCAAAAGAUCAUUACCACAAACCAGGGCAUAUUGUUCAAACAAGUUAAAAAAGAUGAAACGAAUGUGAUUGAGAAGGAAGAAAGCCACUUGGUAAAAAAAAACAUCAGGCGACAGGUGUUUGUGCAGAAAGUUAAACCAUUAGUCCAGUCGCCGUUGGUUACGAGACAAUGCAAAGUUUUCAUAAAAAAGAUGAAACAGCCGCUAUGCAUCAAGGAAGAAAAAGGAAAUGUUUAUGGCAAUAAUGAAUUAUCCAUACGUUUACCAUUCGAUUCGCAUGCUUCUAUUUCGCGUAUGGAAGAACAAAUAGAGAAAUACCCAGAGUACGCCAAAGCAUUGACGGCAACCUUCGAAAAAUUGAGGGGCUUUUCCGAAGACGUUUUCACGGUAAUGAGGAAGAUUUUCAGUGAUGAUGUUUUAUGGGAUUAUAACUGGAAUGGUAGCUGGCGAAAAAAGGCCUUCCGCAAAUUGAAAGUUCUCAACAUUCUAAGAGAUGUCUUUAAAAUGCAGCCAUAUCACAGCUUUGAACUAAGCCUCAAGAGGAGCUUUAAUGCCAGUCGCAAAAGUACCUUAAGUAAAAACAAGAAUGUACAUAUAUAUUAAAUUUCAACCAAAAAUCAUGCUGAAAGAGAUAUGCAUGCAUAAAAAGUAAACAAUAUAUUUUUACCUUAAUUUAGAAAGGUCCUGUCCUACUUUUUUGUUUCGUACUUAACAAAUUUUAUAAAAACCAAAGUUUUUCAGUGUCGAAUUUUUUCAAAUCACUGGUUUUUAAUAAACACUGAAACUAAUUUAAUGAUGUAGUAAGUGUUUUUUAAUUCUUUUUGUUUCUGGGUGAGUACUCUUCCGACUCUUGUAUAAUCGAAAUUUCGAAAGAAAAUGGGUUAGGGACUUCCCUAUUUUAAGGUA